UCCCUGUGCGGACAUGGCGGCCGCCGCCGAGGUUCAGUUUGCCCAGCGGCUCGCCUCCAACGAGAAGCGCUUUCGGGAUCGAGCCGUUCGUAAACUCCGCCGCUACCUGAGUGCCCGCUCGCAACGACUCUCAGGUGGUUUCAGUCAGGAAGAGUUACUGAAAAUGUGGAAGGGCAUUUUCUACUGCAUGUGGAUGCAGGACAAACCACUUUUACAGGAAGAACUGGCAAACACCAUUUCCCAAUUGAUACACGCCUUCAAAAAUCUGGAUGCCAAGUUCCUGUUCAUGGAGACAUUCUUUCAGACAAUGAAUCGUGAGUGGAAUGGAAUCGAUCGUCUUCGUCUGGAUAAAUUCUACCUGCUUAUUCGCUUGAUGCUGAGGCAAUUUCUGGAGGAAUUGAAGAGCAUGAACUGGGAUGACAGUGUUGUCAACCGAUUUUUAAGCUGUGUGACAAAUGAAGUGCUGAAACCUACCAGUAACACUGAGGCCAGUGGAAUUCGCUUUCAUUUUGUCGAUAUAUAUCUGCAGGAACUGGCCCAAGUUGGUGCGCACCAGCUGUCUGCAGACCAGAACCUGAAGUUUAUUGAACCUUUUUGCCGAAUUGCUGCCAAAACCAAAGAUCGAGUUUUGUUUCAUGUGGUCUCCCAAGGAAUCUUCGAAAUAAUCGUGGACCAGGCACCUUUUGCUAUUGAUGAUUUGAUCAAUGAGCUUCAGGGUGACGAGAAUGAGGACGGUGUUUGUGAGGUGCUGAAUUCCACUGACAAAGAGGAAGGUCCAUCUCUGUCAUCGAAGAUAAACGGUUUCACAUCUGAGAAGGCUGAGGGGCUGCUGCUGGAUGGCAAGGGAGAGAAGCCAAAUCCAGCUCAACAUGACGAUGACAUUGGACCUGUGCUUCAGUUCAAUUAUGAAGCUCUUGCUGACCGACUUUUCCAGCUGUCCAGCAGGGGAAACACUCCUGCCCAGAACAGGAAGCGUCUCUAUAAGUUGGUGAAAAAGUUCCGGGAUUUAGCUGAAGGAAUAUUUCCACAAGAUGACUUCCCUGAAGAUUUGUCAACGGAUGAGGAAGAUGAAGAUUCCUGGAGGAAGAAGAAAAAGAGGAAACACCGAGUGGAAAAGUUGGAGGAGGAACUGGAAGGAGUGGAUAAAAAGAAGUCAGUAAAAAGACAAAAGAGAAAGAAAAAGCCUUCCAAACAGAAACUCCUUUCAGUCAGCGACAGGACUGACGAGCUAAUAGUGGAAGAUGGGAGUGAAGGGUCUAACCCUAUAGAACAGGAGCCUGUACAGAUAAGGAAGAAAAAAUUGAGAACCACAAAAAUGAAGCAGAGGUUGUUGAGUGAUACAGUCAGUGAUGACCAUUUGGAGGUUAGAGGUCAGGCACAGAAAAAUGGCUGCAGUGACCAGUUGAGUCCGCCUGUUCUGGGUAUGCUUCCUGUGACAUCUGAUGUCGACUCUGUGACACCCACAGCCAAACUGAAGAGGAGGAGAAGGAGGAUUCACACUGACUCCGAAGGGAGCAGUUUUGCUGAAGACUCAGCACCAACCGAACCUGUUGUUGGGAAGAAAGUUAAAAAAUUGCUCGUGAAGCUGAGAAAGCUGCAAUCCAAGAAGCAGGCAGGGGGUGACCAACCUUCAACAAACCAAGCAGCAGGCAGGAGAAAGAGGAAGGGGAAAGAGCUGACUGAAGGAACCAGUGAUAGCAAAAAGCUGAAAGUCAAAAACUGUGGUGAUGCCGGACCUUGUGGUGAAAUCAAGACUUCAGCCACAACAGCACCUGAUGAAUUUGUGAAAUUUGAGAGCACUCCAAUUCCAAAACCCAUCUUCUUCAAGAAAGCCAAAAGUGCUGAACCUGUUUCCAAACAGCAAUGUAAUAUGAUUAAAGUCAUGUCCAUGUCCAGUGCAAAGAAAGUGCGGUUUGGGCUGAAAAAGAAUACGACAGCAGAAUUUAAAAGAACAGACAAAAGUAUUCUGGUGAGCCCAGCAGGAACAUCUCGAAUUGCAUUUGACCCUGAGCAGAAGCCCCAUCACAGUGUGUUAAAAUCUAACUCACCAGCAGCCCAUUCCCCGAGCAUCCUGGCUAAACGGGCAUCAUUCACCAGAAAGGGACGACCCCAAAAAAUGGAUAAUCUCUAAGUGUCCCAUGCUAACUUUUCUACA